AUGCGUCGAUCAUUUUUAUUUCUGGUGAAUUUCUCGCCGCUCUUCAUGCCGGCACUGUCGCCCUCGAUGGAGACGGGCACCAUUGUGGAGUGGAAGAAGAAAGUCGGCGACCUCGUCAAUGAGAACGAGGUGUUCUGCACCGUGCAGACCGACAAGGCGGUCGUGGACUACACGAACACGUUUGAUGCCGGGUACCUCGCAAAGAUCCUUUGUCACAGCGGGGAGACGGUGCCUGUUGCAAAGACCAUCGCCGUCAUGGUUGAGGACGAAGCAGACAUCCCAAAAAUAGCAGACUAUCGCCCCGAGGGCGAAGCACCGGGCGAGGAGGUCAAGUCCGACGCACCCGCCGUGCCAUCUCCUGCCGCCCCCGCACCCACCGCGCCGCCUUCGGGGGGCAAACGAUACGGGGAGUCGCUGGAGGACACAAUUGCAGCGAGUGGGCCUGCCGUCUUACGUAUCGCCGCGCGGCUGGACCGCAAGACGCUGGAGUCGCUCCCAUUCACCGGCAAAGGCGGGCGAUUUGCAAAGUGCGACUUCGUGGGGCAACCGGGGUUCAACGACGACGAUGUGCCACCGCCCCCAGCACCUUCACCACCGCCGUCUGCCGCUUCUGCUGCCGUCUCCGCGAAGAAUAGCGGCGCCACUCGAGUGAAUAAGGCCACAGCAGGAGCGGCGCCCGGCGGCAGCGUCGUGGGGAAGGCGUUCCCUGUGUGCAACCUGAAGGUCAGUGACACGACACUCCUGCAGCAGCUCAUUCGUACGAUGCCGCUGCCAAAGAAAACUGCCAGCGCGGCAAAUAACAAACAAUAA